AUGCCUGGCGGUUACGGAGUGAUGGGUGACGAGGGCUCUAUCGAUUACAGCGUUCACGAGGCCUGGAAUGAAGCCACCAACGUGUACCUGGUAGUGAUCCUUGUCAGCUUUGGGCUCUUCAUGUAUGCCAAGAGAAAUAAAAGGAAAAUUAUGAGGAUAUUCAGUGUGCCACCUCCAACAGACACUCUGUCAGAGCCCAACUUUUAUGACACAAUAAGCAAAAUUCGGUUAAGACAGCAACUGGAAAUGUACUCCAUUUCCAGAAAGUAUGAUUAUCAGCAGCUACCGAGCCAGGCUGACAGCGUACAGCUCUCAUUGGAAUGA